CACACGUUUUGGUGCAGACUCGCUCGACAGAGACCCGCAACCGCAUUGAAAGCCAGACAAAAACUCCUUGAGAACCCUUCAAAUCCUGCCAGAAAUGCCAAUUAGCUCGUACUAACACCACAAAAUUUCAAAUUUCGGUGAAUAACAGCGAAAUACCCUCAAAAUUUGUGCGAAUUAUUGAUCCGGUUGACAUUUUGAACGAGACAACGAACAUACGCUACACACAAAAACAAAGCAAAAAUCGCAUUUUACGAACAUGGAUGUUUCCGAGGAUCACUUGAAGCAAAACGGCGAAAGUCACGCAAUGGACGUUAGUACGCCCGUUCAAGGUCACGAGGGAACGACACCAAAUGGCACUGCCGCCAAAGACAUGACUUCCAAAGAUUAUUACUUCGAUUCGUACGCGCAUUUCGGGAUUCACGAGGAAAUGUUGAAGGACGAGGUGCGAACGUGCACGUACAAGAACUCGAUUUACCACAACAAGCAUUUGUUCCGUGGGAAAAUUGUGCUCGACAUCGGUUGCGGCACCGGAAUUCUCUCGAUGUUUGCGGCAAAGGCGGGCGCCGCGAAAGUAAUUGCCGUCGACUGUUCGGCGAUCAUCGAUUACGCGAAGGAAAUUGUCAAAGACAACAAGUUGGACCACAUCGUGACGCUCGUGAAGGGAAAAGUCGAGGAAGUUGAGUUGCCGGAGGGCAUUGAGAAGGUUGACAUCAUCAUCAGUGAGUGGAUGGGGUAUUGCCUGUUCUACGAAUCGAUGUUGGAUACGGUUUUGUAUGCGCGCGACAAGUGGCUCAAGCCCGACGGUCUCCUUUUCCCGGAUCGGUGCAGUUUGUACAUUUGCGGCAUCGAGGAUCGUCAAUACAAAGACGAAAAAAUCAAUUGGUGGAACGAUGUUUAUGGCUUCAACAUGAGUGCGAUCCGAAAUACGGCAAUUCACGAGCCACUCGUCGAUGUCGUCGAUCCCAAACAGGUCGUCACAAGUCACGCGCAACUCAUCGAAAUCGAUUUGUACACCGUGAAGAAGGAAGAACUCGACUUUAAGGCAGAUUUUCAACUUGUCUGCAAGCGAAACGACUACAUGCAAGCCCUCGUCACCUUUUUCACGGUCGAAUUCACGAAAUGUCACAAGAAACUCGGCUUCAGCACGUCCCCCGACUCGCACCAUACGCACUGGAAACAAACCGUCUUCUACCUCGACGACUAUCUGACCAUCAAGCAGAACGAAGACGUCUCCGGCACAUUCGAAAUUAAGCGAAACGCGAAAAAUACUCGCGAUCUCGAUAUCAAAAUCAAGGUGGACUUUGACGGGGAGCUCGGUGAUGUUCACGAAGUUAAUCAGUAUCGUAUGCGUUAAGCUCGUGUAUCGUAUUUAUAUAUAAAAAACCCAAUUUUUUUACUCAUCUGCUUCGAAUUUAUUCAGGAAGAAAGAGAGAAAACAAAAAAAAACCCUACUUUAGAGAUAAGCUCAGCUUAAUUUUUAUUUUUUAAAAUAUUUUCAUUUGUUUGGGGGACCCAGUGAGAGAAAAAAGAAAGAAAAUCAGGACAAACAUUCGAAAUUGUCUGAGAAAGGUUCCUAUGACGAUUCGAUUUCACGGAAUAAAAAUAUACAUUAAUAAAACAAGAACAAACUUAAAAACCGCCUUUUGUUUGAAUGUGUCGGAAUGUUUGACGUUGUUGCGGUGACCAUAUGGUUUUUUGAUUUUUAUUUUGAGAAAAGGAGAAAAAUUUGACAUUUUUUUUUAAAUUUG